UAUUAUUAGUGUGUUGAAAUGGUAACCCGUCCAACUUGACAGUUCGUGGACUAUUAAUAUUAGUCUAAUAGCGUUCGAGAAAUGGCCCCUGUAAAACAUUGAAUACGAUGAGGAAGUGGACGUACAUUAUAAAACAGACAUUCUUACCGUGUGUGAAUAGGUGUUGGCAAGAGAAUAGAGGUGAAUAAUUACACACAGCUAAUACAAUGAGUACUACAUGCAAAAAGAACGAAUGAGUGACAUCAUUUACCUAUAUAUAGAUCGUGUCAAUCACGAAGACGCGUGUCUGUACUCGUAUUGUCAUGUUAUUAAAGGUUAGAUUGGACAAAUCUGCGCGCCAUCGUGGAUGGCACGAUGGUGCCAUCAUUCACGAGGGGGCAUAAAACAUUAUAUGACAUUUUAGCCUCUAAAUGCGGUCAAAAAUACACCUUUCAAUCUGUAACACCAUGUUAAAGGUGCUAUUUUUGCCACAGGUGUGCAGAAAAUACACACACACACACGCACAAUUUUUUUGCCGAAUUUGACCAAAAGUCUUACAAAAUGUUUGUUCCUUAUGAUCUCAGGAAUGCGUGGUUAAAAACCGUGCGUCGGGUUAUUCAAGCCCACGGCGAAUGUAAUGUUGUAAUACAUAUACUUGCACACCCAUUAUGUUUGUAUUGAGAGCCAUAUGCGACACGCUUUAAUUGGUAAUACAAUUAUUACAGGUAUCAUUAUUAAUUAUGUUUACCUUAGUCACACACUGAGUUACGACCACAAGUAUUAUUUUGUCGUUAACCAAACCUGUUGUAUUGAUGUAGAAAAUAUUUUAUUCGGCAAAAUUUAACAAAUUAAGUCACAGUGCCGUUAACAUAAAUAGUUUACAUCUACAGGAGAUAGUAUUCUGUAAUUUUAUCGCAAUAGAGUUUAGUAAUUUUGAAGAAGAAAGUUAUGGACUAUGGAAAAUAUACGCAGUGCAAGACGGAUUGUGCGAUAUGGACCACUGAGUCGGAAAUAAGGAAUUUAGGUAGGAUUUACCAAGUGAGUUACUCAUACACCUACUUGUUAAAUUAGUGUAACUUAUUUAUUUUCAUUCAUAGGUUCUUGCUAUAUUUUAUUGUUGAUGAUUUUCAUAAUCUACGUGAAGCUACAUAUCUUAAAUUUUAAUGUCAAUGAUUCAUUUAAUAUACAUAUAAACAUCGCGCGUUACCGCCCGUGUGUUGGGGAUAUUUGAACGGUGAUUAUUGACGGUUAUUUGACUUAUGUAGCAUGAAUUAUUAUUAAUAAUGGUUCCUUUUAGAUAUGGAACCCUUAAAAUGAUAAAGCCUGUUGCGGAUAUCAUCAUUGUUGGUUUACUGUUUAAGAUAAAGCAUGUUGCUGAUUUGCAUUUGUAGCCACCUGAUUAAGCCUGCAUUGUGUAUUGUUAUAUAAAUACGCAUUGGAUUAUUUUUACUUUUUCGUUUAACAUUACAUUUAGAAAUAUAAAAAAAUGUAUACCUAAAAUUCUUUAAACAAUAAACAUUACAAUAUCAUUAUGUUUUUCAAAAUCUGAGUAUUAUAUAAUUAUACACCUAAUAAUAUUUAUAAAACCCGCUAAGAGCAUGUCGGGCCAUUGCUCACUAUGCUUAGUAUAGGGUUCCGUGGUUACUUGUCCGUCAAAAUAAACUAUUUACAAACAGUUUAUCGGAUCAGGAUCACUAUACUUUUCCGUGAAAGUAUUUACUACCUAAGCUUAGUUUUCAAGAUUUUUUCAUAUUUUUUUAAUAUUUUGGACCCAUGGUUUUGGACCCCUCUGGGGGAUGGACAUUUUUUUCUUUCGGAGUAUUUCCGAAAAUAUUAAUGUUUAUCAAAAAAUGGAUCUAGAGGACUAAUAUUAUUCAUAUUCGUUGAAAGACCCAUCCAUCGUCAGAUCACACUAUAGGGUUGAAGGGAAAAAAAAUGCAUCCCCCCUUAUAGUGUAAGAAGGGACACGCCCUAAAAAAAUCUUUAUUCUACUUUUUAUUUUACGACUUUCUCGACGUAAUAGAUUUAUACAUCUAUCAAAUUUCAGUUUUCUAGCACUAACGAGCAUGGAGCAAAGCCGCGGACAGACAGACGGACAUGGCGAAACUGUAGGUUAUAGUUGACUUUUUUUUACUACGGAAACCUAAAAACAAACGUCAUAUAACGCGAUGUUCCAAUAACACAUUUAUUUUUAUCCUAAAGUCAUGAACUUCCAUACCGAUACAUUUAGAUUGCAGACCGUAUAAGUAUUAUUUUAACCAAAUUCCUUCGUAUCAAAGUAUUUUAAAUAAAACAUAAUAUUGCACGCCACAAAUAGUAUUGCCAAUAAAAUCCAAAACCAUAACGUUAUUAUUGCACAAGCAUUCCCAUUAUUUCUUACGUACACCGGAAAUUUCUGUAAAUCAUUUUUAUCUAAAGUUUACCAUACCGAGAUUCAUAUGAUACGGCAAAACCAACAUUGUUUGAUCUAUCCCUACUCUCAUAUAUCAAAGACAGUCCUUAUUACGGAAGAAACUGUGAGAUAAAAGACAGACCAAGUUAUAAUAGACAACAAUUACCUACGACAUCGUCAUAAGAUAAAUUAUAACAUGAUUUUAAAUAAUAUGCCUAGUUAGUAGCCAGUGAAGUCUUGAUAAGUGAUGUUCGGUGAUUAGUUAUAUAUAUUAUAAAAUGAGUGAAGUGAAUUUAGCUGCUUUAGCUGAAAGCGGUAAUGACCGCAUCGAAGCCAAGGACCCUAUGCAACAGAUCGACUUAGUAUUAAAAGCAUGCACGUUUGGCAGAUUUCAAGUCCAAAUUCUAGGCGCGGCACUAGUCGCACUAGUGGCCAGUGUGCUGGUCAGCAACUCAACUGCUUACCUACUGCCGAAUGCAGAAUGCGACCUGGAUAUGAACUUAGUGCAAAAAGGAAUGCUGAACGCUGUACCUUAUACUGGUAUGAUGUUUUCCUCCCUAAUCGCCGGUUUUCUCACGGACCAGUUUGGCCGCAAACUGUUCCUCGUUGGCGGCUACUUCGGGAUUUUUUUCUGCACUCUCAUCGCCGCGACUAGCCAGACUUACGAAGUUUUACUUACAGCUAAAUUCUUUGAAGGCAUCUUUUUCGCCUCAUCCUUCAGCCCUACCAUAUCCUACACCUCGGAGUUCUGCCACAAGGAGAUCAGAGACCGAGUGGUGUUAUGCCAGUCCUCCUUCUCCGCGUUCUCUCAAGUUGUCAUUGCUGGCUUGUCCUGGGCCAUUUUCACAAAUGAGUGGAGUUCUAGUCUAUUUGGGGGGUUCAUUGUCCUGCACACAUGGAAUUUCUACCUUUACCUCAUGUCAUUGUGGUCUUUAACUGCCAGCGUCCUUUACAUGUUAUUACCGGAAAGCCCUAAAUUUUUAAUCACUCAACAACGGUACGACGAAGCACGAGACAUCCUCAUCAGGAUUUACGUCAGGAAUACAGGGAAGCCAGCAGAUACUUUUCCGUUUCCUAACCUAUGGAAAUCAGCUAAGCAACAAGUAAUAGACGAAGCGCCGGAACUUAAAAAUGGUAGUGUAUCUCAUCAGUUGAUGGCUGGUUUAUAUAAUGUCAAACCUAUGUUCAGCAUGCCGCUAGUUCUACCGCUAAUGGUCAUAUCUUCCAUGGGGUUUUUAAGCAUGGCUGUAUAUAAUGUGUUUAGGCUAUGGUUCCCACAGCUCUCAACUGUGGUAGAACACUAUAGCAGCACGACCAGUAAUGGAGACCUGUGUACUAUGCUAGAUGCAUAUACUGAAGACCUUAGGAAUAGGACUCUGUUGGAUACGGGUGCUAAUGUAUGCGUGCCGCACCCCAGCGGCGCAGAAACUUAUAUAAACAGCAUGAUUGUCGGCACCGUGUGUUUCCUGCCUUACCUCGUCACGGGUAUUGUAGUCAACAAAGUGGGCAAGAAGACCCUACUUUUGGUUGCAGGCGUAAUAUGUGUAUGCGCCACGUUUGGUCUACGUUGGGCCAGCUCAAAGGUAGCUGUUGUGGCGCUAUUUUCUUUGGAAAUUUCUGUGUCGCAAACCAUAAUUAGUUUGCUACAAGCUACGACUGUGGAUGUAUUCCCGACUAUGAUAAGAACGCUGGCUAUUUCGAUCGUGAUGCUCAUAGGACGUAUCGGUACGCUGGUGGGAAAUAUCCUUUUCCCUAUAUUAUUGGAUAUUGGUUGUGUGGUGCCAUUCUUUGGGUUCGGUGGCUUAAUGAUAGCGGUCACAAUAUGUGGAUUGUUCCUGCCAUCAAAGAAACAGUGAUAUUUUAUAAAGUUAUUGUAAAUAAUUAAAUUAAAGUGUUGUACCUAUAUUGUAAACAGUAGUGUAAGUUAUUUAAUUAUUAUAAAUUUGUACAGAUGGUAAAAAAAUAGUACAUGAACAAAUUUAAUA